CUAAAGGCAGUGCAUUGGUUGUGUGACAGAUGGGCUUUUGUGUGAAAUCUACGACUCACCACCAACAUGACCUCCAGCGUCACACGUAGAGUAGUGCGUACGGGUGGGAGUUGUCUGGUGAAACGCAUUGUUGUGUUGGGGGAUGAGCCGCCCGUACUGCUGCUGCUGCUGUUACUGCUAUUUGCUCCUGGUCGACUGUGGCUAGCCAGUGACUCUAGCCUAUGAAUGGUCCACAAAGCAAACCAUUGUGUGUUCUCUGUAGAAUUUAAUAUCGAAACUUCACAGGCAUUUUAUUUAUUAUUUCAUUAGUAGCUGAAAAGACCCCAGUAUCGCCCGUUGGAUGAGAACACUGUGUGCGGAAUUAGAGCCACUUAGCAGGCCGUAUCGCCAUUGCUUUGUAAGGCUGCUGGCUAGCUACCGUCUUCCUCAACUAGCAAAACUGUUCGUGAAUCCGAGCAACACGGAGCGUCAAGAUGAAGAAGAAAGCUCGGCAGCACCGGGUUGCGGUGCCGCAGAGGCCGCCAUCUCCCAUCAAGCCUUCCCCCAACAAGCAGAUCCUGACUUACGCCCAGGCGCAGCGCAUGGUGGAGUUCGAUGUCGAUGGCCGCCUCCAUCGAAUCAGCGUAUACGACCAGCUGGACGUGAUCUCGGAUGAUGACCCCAUGGUGCAGGAGAUGAUGGAGUGCACCAGCAAUAAGGAGAAUGCUGAGAAACCACAGCAGGUCCUCCUGAGGUCAGUGAGACUAAAAAACAACCUGGAGAAAAGAAACGCUGCAUUGGGCAUCACUGGCCAUGGAGAAGGAGGUGGACAACCGGCCGCUGGUAAUUCCGGUCCAAAGCUUCAGGAGCCUAAAUUUCGUACAGUGGAAUAUAAUCUUCCAGCAGUUCCUAAGCGCUCAGCUGCCUUUUACAAAUACACUGAGAAGACAGAGGAAGAGCUGGAUGAGGAAACAGAGUAUGACAUGGAUGAGGAAGAUUAUGCCUGGCUGGAUUUGGUGAAUGAAAAGCGGAGAAGCGAAGGGGUCAGUCAGGUCUCUUACAACGUCUUUGAGUUCCUCGUCGACCGCUUUGAGAAAGAGUUACACUUGGAGAGUCUGGAUCAAGGCAGUGAAAAGCACGCUCCCAUCGAUGAGGACGCCGCCUGCUCCAUCUGUAUGGAUGGAGAGUGUCACAACAGCAACGCUAUCCUGUUUUGUGAUAUGUGCAACGUGGCUGUGCACCAGGAAUGUUACGGUGUACCUUAUAUUCCUGAGGGCCAGUGGCUCUGCAGACACUGCCUCCAGUUACCCACCCAGCCCGCAGGCUGCAUCCUUUGCCCGAACAAGGGUGGAGCUGUGAAAAAGACAGACGAUGACCGCUGGGGUCACGUGGUGUGCGCCCUCUGGGUCCCUGAGGUUGGCUUCUCCAACACCACCUUCAUUGAACCCAUUGAUGGCGUCAGCCACAUUCCUUCAGCCCGCUGGAAGCUCACGUGCUACCUCUGCAAGGAGAAAGGUGUUGGGGCGUGCAUCCAGUGCCACAAAGCCAACUGUUACACCGCCUUCCAUGUUAGUUGUGCCCAAAAGGCUGGCCUCUUUAUGAAGAUGGAGCCAAUCAAAGAGGUAACUGACACCGGAGAGCCCACAUUCUCUGUGAAAAAGACAGCCUAUUGUGGAGCUCAUACACCUAACGGGUGUGUAAGGAGGCCUCUUACAAUAUAUGAUGAUGCCAAACCCAAAAAUGGACUAUGUAAGAAAGUGUACAAAAGGAGAGGUGUUGGUAAAAGACAGUCAAAAGGAAAAAAGAAGAAGAAAAAGAGUGAGAAACCCGAACCUGAAAGUGAAGCUGCAACCCCUGCUACCAUGCCAACGUUUCCUGCUCACAGGUUACAAACCAUUCUGAACCAGGUGUCAGUACAGAAGAAGAAAGCAUUUGUGGAGCUGGUCCUGAAUUACUGGACACUAAAAAGGCAAUCGAGGAAUGGGCUUCCCCUCAUCAGACGCCUUCAGACAAGCAUACAGUCUCAGAAGAAUGCACAACCGGUUUGUUCAUCUAGGCAGAGUGACGAGGAGAACAGGGUACUGAAGGACCAGUUGAAGGAGUGGCAUCGUCUCCGACAUGACUUGGAGAGAGCCCGGCUGCUGCUAGAGCUAAUCCGGAAGAGGGAGAAGCUCAAGAGGGAAGAGAUUAAACUGCAGGAGACCCUUCUAGAGAUACAGUUGAGUCCAUUCAGUAUUUUGCUCAGAACCCUCUUGGACCAGCUCCAGACAAAAGACCAGGCCAAGAUCUUCACCCAGCCAGUUGAUGUCAACGAGGUGCCUGACUACCUCGACCAUAUUCAGCACCCAAUGGACUUCUUCACCAUGCGGCAGCGCAUCGAUGCACAGGCCUACAACAACUUUGAGCAGUUUGAGAACGACUUCAACCUCAUUAUUGAUAACUGCAUGAAAUACAACUCAAAGGACACCUAUUUCUACCGGAGUGCCGUUCGCCUCCGAGACCAGGGCGGGGCCCUGCUCAGAAAGGCUCGGCGAGAUGUGGAGAAAAUCGGCUUUGACACUGAAAGCGGCAUGCAUCUGGCUGAAGCGCCGGAAAUCAAAGCACCAACAUCCUUUUCUUGGGAGGACGUGGACCGCCUACUAGCGCCAGCCAAUCGGGAGCACCUGUCUCCGGACAAGCAGCUGCAGCAGCUACUGGAGAAGUUUGACCUGACCUGUGCCAUGAAGUCCAGCCCCUCCCGCAGCAAGCGCCUAAAGCUGCUCAAAAAGACCAUCAACGAUGUGCGCAAUGAGAUGAGCCUAAAGAAAGUCCUUCCCUCCCACCACCACCACUCGUCUUCCUCCACAACUCCCUCCACAUUAGCAUCAUCUUCAUCAGCUGCCUCCCACCCAGAGUUGAGUAACCCUAAACAAGAGAGAAUGAAGCCCAAUGGACAUUUUCCAGAUGAUGAGGGAGACAAAUCUCUUCCUCCUAAACUGGAGCAUUCAGACUCUAUCCCCCCCCUCAUCCACUCAGACACAGACCCCGAGCCCCCCACUCUCAAACCAAUCGAUGCCGCCCCAGACUGUGAAGACAGGCAUCCCAGCAAGCGCGUCAAGUUCGAUGGGGAAAUACCAGACCUCCUCCCCUCCGCCCUACGCCUCAAUGGCCACUCCCGCGACAGCCUGCAGAACUCGUUGCUGGACAGAGAUGUGAGCGUGGUGGCCACAUCCACGCUCGCAGAGCCUACGGGCACGGUUAACCGCCGGACGGCCGUGCUCUUCCGCAAAUCCAAGGCCGCUAGUCCCCGCAAGCCCCCAAGGAACGAAGACGAGGGGGCUGAUCGACUUGACGGAAAAGAGGGCGAGGAGGAGGAUGAAGAUGGCGCACCGCUGGGCUCCAAGUCCUUCCUGUCGGUGGUCAUACCCCGGCUGGAGACGCUACUUCACAGCAAGAAGAGGAAGCACAGCGGCAGCAGAGACGGCGAAGAGGAUGGAGAAGGGGGAGAACAUGAAGACGAGGGAGAGUCUCCUGUGAAACGACUUGACACCGGCUUGUCAAGCGGUUUUCUGGAGGUGGAAGAGGAGAAGGAGGUAGAAGACUCUAGUAGAGCCAGUAGACCUGUGGAGCCACGAAGACGCUGUGCCUCGGAGUCCUCCAUCUCUUCAUGUUGUAGUCUGCCAGGAAGCACCAGCACUAUUCUCAGUCUUCCAAAAUGUGGGAAAGGGAAACCCGCCUUGGUCCGGAGAAACACUGUGGACGACAGGGGGGAAUUAAUCGCCUGCAUCGAAACCGGGAAUUUUGCAAAAGCUGCACGAAUCGCUGCUGGUAAAUUGGCUGCAUUACGAGAAUCUGCAUGCAUGUGUGAGGAGGUUGGCAACAGCAAUAUUUGGAUGCCCGCUAGUGCUGCAACUGUUGCAUUGGAACCCCUAAAGCUAGUUUGGGCCAAAUGUAGUGGAUACCCUUCCUACCCUGCCCUGAUCGUCGACCCCCACAUGCCGCGCGUGGGCUGCCAGCACAACGGGGUGUCGAUCCCCAUGCCCCCCAUGGACGUGCUCCGCAUUGGAGAACAAAUGCAGUACAAAGCCGAAGAGAAACUCUACCUCGUCCUCUUCUUCGACAACAAGCGCAGCUGGCAGUGGCUACCUAGAUCCAAGAUGGUUCCUCUUGGAAUGGACAAGACCAUAGACAAAAUCAAAAUGAUGGAGGGACGCACGUCCAGCAUUCGCAAGGCUGUCCAGAUCGCCUUCAGCCGUGCCAUGAACCACCUGAGCAUAGUGCAGGACGAGCCAGUCAGCGACCUCAGCGACGUGGACUGAUGACGCUGGCUCUCUCUCUCUCUCACACACACACACACGUGUACGUUUCCUGUACCAAAUACCUUCCUCCACUCCCCCCCUGACUCCAUGUCUCUGCAGGAGACUCAAAUGUUUACUGGGCACCUGCUGUAACAGGUGGUGUCUCUUCCUCAUCCAUUCCUACUCGCACACACUCCUACCAUGUGCCGCUGGGAUAUGGCUGCUGCUGCUGAAAUGAAUGUGUCUAUCUAUUCCUCUCCACCUCCAGGCUUGUAACUGUGCUUAGAGACUGCUCUUUAUGUCCACCUCCCAUCCCUCACUCACUCACUCCACCAAUCAUGACUGUCAUUUUCAUUCAUCAUUUCAAGGCAAAAAACAGUUAGUGAUUGAUUUCCUACAUUUUGGUAGCCUUACCAAACGUUGCUGUGGUGUCAGGACUUUGUAGUGAGACAAGAACUUAACACCGACCGUUAAAUGCUGCCUGUAGCUGAUGGGUUCGUUAUUUUGGCAGGUAGCCAGUCAUCAUUUCUGUUACAGGUCAUUAAGAAAAGAAGCGUUUAGUAGCUGGUAAAUUAGCUAAAGUGGGCAGAAAAUGUACAUUUCAUGCAUACAGGAAGGCUUUUCAGUUGUAUCCAAAGCUUAUGUGAUGUCACAUUUACUUACUGGUCCUUUCCAUUUACAAAUAUCUUUUUUGUUUUGUUUUUAAACUGUAAAUAUUCUGUACAGUUGCCUGACACUAACUUAUUUUGUAUUUUUGACAUCAAUGGGUACUGUACAGGGGUUUUCUUAGUAUUUAUACUUGAUGAGUUCUUGGCACUAACAUGUGAGUGCUAUUUUGACAGUGCUGUAUGAUCAAGAAGAAUGGAAAAAAAAAAGUGCAAAAGCCUUAGAAUAAGGAGAUUAGGGCUAAAAUGUCAUGUUUCAGAAAAGUAUGAAAGUAUUCCCUUUUUUCAUUUUUUUUUUAAGUUAUUGAGGUUUAUAAUCGUAAGCUUCCAUUUGGCAUUUAUUAAUUUUUGUAUUAAAAAUAGUUUUAGUAUAUAUUUUUUCCAGAUAUAUUUAUACGAUUUGAAUACACGGUAAUAUGGUAUGUAAGUCUCUGAAGCUCAUACAGGCAGUCUGAUGUCGUGGACCCAGAACGUAUUUUGUUCUCAAGAAACCAAAAAUGUUGCUACCCAGAAGUUUUUUGCCGAUUUCAUUUUCUGUGUGACGUGUGAACUUGUUGCCAAAAAAAAGUGAAGAGGAAAAAAAAAGUAAAAGUGUAUUUUUCUGUGA